AUGCCGAUCAAACCGAAACCGAAACCGCUGAAGGAACUCCAGGUCAAACUACGGGGCCUACACAUUUCCUUCGACAAUUUGUACGACUUCAUGCAACAAUAUCGCCCGGAUACGAAAUGCGCGGAGGUCAAGGUUAGACUGGAGCAGCUCAAUAGAAUGUGGGACCGAAUGAACGAGGCUAUCGACGAAGUUGAAGCACACGAAGACACCACCACCGAUGAAGAUACGUACGCCAAACAACGGGUAAGGUUCGAAAAUCAAUACUACGAACUUAAAUCGUUUCUUCUCGAUCGUAUCAAAGACGAUCAAGACCAAGUCGUUUUGAACCAGACUGCGCGCACUCUCGAUAACACUCUCCCCAACCACCCAAACCCCCACGUUCGAUUGCCCCAAAUAUCUCUCCCCAAGUUCAAUGGCAAAAUUGAAGAGUGGCUAACUUUUCGCGAUCUCUACACCUCUCUAAUACACUGGCAAGCUGACCUUCCAGAGAUCGAAAAGUUCCACUACCUACGUAGCCAGCUGGAAGGCGAGGCACUCUCCGUCAUCGAUGCUCUACCUUUGACUAGAGCAAACUACACGAUAGCUUGGGAACUGCUGUCGAAAAGGUAUACCAACUCCAAAAUCCUCCGAAAACGUCAGGUCCAAGCGUUGUUCGACUUACCGGUUAUGAAAAGGGAAUGUUCUUCGGAUCUGCACAUUUUGCUAGAAUCGUUCGAGAAAAUAAUCAAGUCCCUAGAUCAGGUCAUCCAACCAGCCGACUACAAAGACGCAUUCCUACUCCACAUCCUAAGCUCUCGGUUAGAUGGGUCCACUCGCCGAGGUUGGGAAGAAAUCUCCUCCACCACCGAAACCGAUACACUCAAAGACCUAACCGAUUUCCUACAAAGACGUGUCAGAGUACAAUGUCGUGGAAAGCACCACACACUUGUCUGUUUCAAGGGUAAGGCCACCGACCACCAGCAACCAGAAAAUCCCGAUCCCCAGCAGCAGAGAGCGGCGAAUGAUGAAUCCCCACCGAAGAUUGGUCAACUUGGCGACCACCGAGCAACCGCUGUUGUUUUGUUGGAUGAUGGAACGGGUCAUAGGGUACAAGCUAGGGCUCUUCUGGAUAGCGCCGCCGAAUGCAAUUUGAUCAGUAUGCGAGUGAGAAGAAAAUUGAAGGUCAAGGGGAAGGCUAGUAAUGUUGAGGUCGUGGGCAUCCAAGGGUUAUCGUCCAAGGUACAAGGCAAGAUCAGACUACUUUUGCACUCUCGUAUCCGCAAUUAUUCCCAAUCCAUGGAUUUCUAUGUUUUGCCAAAAAUAUCGUCUCCUAUAUCAGCAGCUUCUAUCGAUACCCGUAUGUGGAACAUACCAGUGGGAAUAGAGUUAGCUGAUCCUAGUUUCCUGAAUGGUGAACAAAUCGAUUUGGUACUGGGUGCAGAAUCAUUUUUCGAAUUCUUCGUCACUGGAAACAGAAUUCAUUUAGGAAACGAACUACCGAUGCUGGUCGACUCCGUGUUUGGUUGGGUAGUAGCAGGGCGAUAUACAAGCAAAAUUCCACUCACAUCUGCAGUAUGCAACACGGCGACGAUGGAAAGACUAGACGAGUUAGUGGAAAGGUUCUGGCGAUGCGAAGAAAUUGAAUCCAAACAAAAUUAUUCUCCCGAGGAAGCGAAGUGUGAGGCACACUUCGUUAAUACUACUACACGUUCCCCAUCUGGUCGAUAUAUUGUAUCUUUGCCCAAAACUAAGUCGGUGAUUGAAAGGUUGAGCGGAUCCAAGGCUGUGGCGGAGAGGAGGUUUUACCAAAUUGAACGAAGGUUGGCUAGGGAUGCCAAUCUUUAUCAACAAUAUUCCGAUUUCCUUCAGGAAUAUGAAUCGCUUGGGCACAUGAGACGGCUUACCUUAAAAGAAAUGAACGAACCCAACAGAAUUUUCCUACCCCACCACCCCGUUGUGAAGGAGGCCAGCACAACCACCAAAUUACGGGUCGUAUUUGAUGCGUCAGCAAAAACCCCAUCCGAAUUCUCCCUAAACGAUGGCCUUUUGGUUGGGCCAAUCAUCCAAGAAGACUUGCGCUCCAUCAUUCUUCGAAGCCGAACUCGCCAGGUGAUGAUCGUGGCCGACAUCGAAAAAAUGUUUCGACAGAUAGAAGUUUUCCCAGCUGACCGACGGCUGCAGUGCAUUUUAUGGCGACCAAAUCCGAAUGUUCCACUCGCAGGUUUCGAGCUAUCCACGGUGACUUACGGAACCAAGCCAGCACCGUUUCUCGCCACCAGAGUUCUACACCAACUGACGAUAGAUGAGGGUGAUCGUUUCCCACUAGCUGCUGUUGCCUUGAAAGAAGACGUCUACAUGGAUGAUACGAUCACAGGUUCAGAUGAUCUCGAAUCAGCUCGACACUUGCGGAUUGAAAUGGUUGAAAUGACAAUGUGUGCUGGUUUCAAACUUCGGAAAUUUGCCUCCAACUUCCCUUCGGUUCUAGAUGGGUUACCCGAAGAAGAUCUAGCGAUUCCAACUAACACCGGUAUAAACUUAGAUCCCGAUCCCAUGGUAAAAAUUCUUGGUUUAAUUUGGAUGCCCCAUACAGAUGAACUGCGGUUCGGUUUUCCCAUUCCCACCCAAACAAACAACCCCCUCACCAAACGAAAAAUACUCUCCCAAAUAGCCACCCUCUUUGACCCCCUUGGCCUCAUCGGAGCUGUUAUCACUAAGGCAAAGAUUUUCAUGCAGCUGUUGUGGCGAUUAGUAGACGACAAUAACAAACCCCUUUCUUGGGACUCUAUUUUACCCGAACGAGUGGAAGAGGAAUGGAUAAGUUUCGGCACCCAAAUUCCCAGGCUUCUCGAUCUGCGUGUUGAACGGCUUGUUACCCUAUCGAACCCAACUUCCACCCAAUUUCAUAUAUUCACCGAUGCAUCGGAGAAAGCAUAUGGGGCGUGUGCUUACCUCCGAACUGAAAAUUCUGCUGGACAAAUUAAGAUUGCACUUUUAUCAUCCAAAUCGCGCGUUGCUCCCCUAAAAUCCCAAUCAAUCCCAAGGCUUGAGUUAUGUGGCGCAGUUAUGGGCGCUGAAUUAUUUACAAAGGUUAAGCAAGCAAUGCGUCUUUCGGUGGAGUCAUUUUUUUGGACAGACUCCACUACGGUUCUUCGAUGGCUUCAAGGCGUACCGGCGACAUGGAAUACUUAUGUUGCCAAUAGAGUUUCUGCAGUGCAAACUCUCACCGAAAACUGUUUCUGGAAUCAUGUUCCGGGGGAACAAAAUCCAGCUGAUUUGAUUUCCAGAGGGAUCCAACCUGCAGAAAUCCAAAACAACAGCCUGUGGUGGCAUGGGCCAGACUGGCUGAGCUGCUCUUCGGACAAGUGGCCGAAGUCCGGAUCGUUCACAGCGGAUGGAGAGGAUGAGGAGAGGAAACGAGUUGUACUGGUAUCAACUCAAGCACGAUCAUUUAUAACCGAAUAUGUGGAACGAUACUCUAACUAUACUACGAUGGUUCGUCACACGGUGUACUGGUUGAGGCUCAUCAACUACCUGCGGAAAGGAAGCAACCAACUGAGUGGGCCACUCAGAGUGUGGGAAAUUAGGCAAGCAGAGGCAAGAAUUAUCCAACUGAUCCAGGCUGAGGAAUUCCACCACGAACUCAGAGCGAUUUCCAAGGGGAGAAAUGUUCCACUAUCAUCACCGCUGCGAUGGUUCGUUCCAAUUGUGGGUUCUGAUGGGCUACUUAGGGUUGGGGGGAGGUUGGGCCAAUCGAGAGAGUCUGAUGACACCAAACAUCCAAUUGUUCUUCCAUCCAAACACGACUUUACCAAACUACUGAUACGAUACUACCAUAUUAAACUACUACAUGCUGGCCCACAAUUAAUUUUGAAUUCGGUGCGACUGAGGUAUUGGCCCUUGGGAGGUAGAAAUUUAGCCAGGAAAAUUUGCCACGAAUGUGUGCGUUGCUAUCGCACUAAGCCGGCGAUGAUCCAGCAGUUUAUGGCAGAGCUACCUGCAUCACGGGUGACCCCAGCACGAGCCUUUACAACGACAGGCGUCGAUUAUUUUGGUCCGCUGUACGUGAGACCUGGGUUUCGGAGAGCGGCAGUGAAGGCUUACGUGGCAGUUUUCGUGUGCUUCGCUUCGAAGGCGGUGCACCUGGAGAUAGUGACCGAUCUAUCUACGGCGCGAUUUCUACAAGCUUUGAGGAGGUUUACGUCGCGGCGAGGAAAGUGUGCUGUUCUUCAUUCCGACAACGGCACCAAUUUUGUCGGGGCGAAGAAUAAGAUGACCGAGUUAAUGGAAAAAUUACGCAGUACCGAUUUUCACGACGAGAUGGCCCGGCAGUGCGCAGACGAAGGUAUGCAGUGGAAAUUCAACCCACCAGGAGCUCCCCACUUCGGCGGCCUCUGGGAGGCGGCAGUUCGAUCGGCGAAGCAGCAUCUGGUACGAGUUUUGGGAGAAUCCGUCGCCACCUAUGAGGAUAUGGUGACACUUUUGGCAGAGGUGGAAUGUUGCCUCAAUUCGAGGCCACUUACGCAACUGAAGGACGACCCCGAGGAUUUGCGAGCGUUGACACCCGGUCAUUUCCUCAUCGGUGCAGAAUUACAGGCCCUACCAGACGAAGAUUUCCAGGAUUGUGUGUCGAACCGAUUGCCCCCAUGGGACCUGGCGCAGCAACGGGUUCAGCAUUUCUGGUCAAGAUGGAGGAAGGAGUACCUGAAUCAACUGCAGGCUCGCAACAAAUGGUGGAAGCCUGCUGUCAAGGUGGAAGUCGGCAAACUGGUGGUAAUCCGAAACGAUAAUCUCCCACCCACGCGUUGGCGGAUGGGUAGAAUCACCGAAGCACAUCCAGGACCGGACGGAGUGGUAAGGGUCGUAUCCCUGAAGACGGCCAGCGGAUCAUGUACCAGACCGGUGACUCAAAUCUGCAUCUUACCGGUACAGAUGUCGACGGAAGCGGAAGAAGGUGAGAAGCAGGAUUGA